AUGAAUUCAACGAGUGGAAAUUCAACGGCAAACCCGCUCGGAUUGGCAGCAGAUACACAUGGUUCAUUAUACAAGUUAAUUGGUGUCACGCUAGCUAUUUGCAGUGGUAUCUUUAUUGGUAGCAGUUUUGUGUUUAAAAAGAAGGGAUUAUUGCAGUCGACAGAGAAAUCAGGUGGUGUGGCAGGCGAAGGCUAUGGCUAUCUCAAAUCGCCCAUGUGGUGGUCGGGAAUGAUCCUCAUGGUGGUGGGUGAGGCAUGCAAUUUCGUAGCAUAUGCAUUUACACAAGCCAUUUUGGUGACACCUUUGGGUGCAUUGAGUGUUGUAUUAAGUGCUGUAUUGUCCUCCAUCUUUCUCAAGGAAAGACUGUCAUUCCAAGGAAAAGUAGGAUGUUUGCAAUGCGUCCUGGGCGCUAUUAUCAUUGUCAUGCAUGCCCCAGAGCAGGGCGCUGCUGAUACCUCGAUCGAGACAUUCAAACAUCUCAUGCUCUCUGUCGGUUUCCUGAUAUACGCUUGUAUCGCAGUAGCUCUAUCAAUAUUCCUGGUGUUUUAUUGUGGACCUAGAUGGGGAAAAACAAACAUGCUGGUCUACAUUAGUAUCUGCUCACUUAUUGGAUCUUUAUCGGUGGUGUUCACUCAAGGCAUUGGUGGUGCCAUCGUCCAUUCAUUCACUGUAGAGAACCAGUUUACCAAUUGGUUUGUGUAUCUAGUAUUGAUCCUGACAUUGGUCACUUUGGCCAUUGAGAUCAUUUACCUCAACAAAGCUCUCAACAUCUUCAACACAGCUGUCGUCACUCCCACCUAUUACGUUAUCUUUACGACACUCACUAUUGUCAGCUCCAUUGUGUUUUACCGUGGUUUCGACGCAUCACCUGUCAAUGUCGUUACAUGUGUCUUUGGUUUCUUGAUCAUUUGUUCAGGCGUUGCCUUAUUACAGCACUCAAGAAGCGAAAAGACCAGAGGAGACCCAUUGUUGGGCGACUCAUCCAGUCCACAAGAGAGUUUGUUGCCCGUGUACGAGAAUGAAAAGUACUUGACGUCAGAGGAGGAGGUAAAUCACAUUGAAGAUGUUAGCGGAUCUUCAUCCACUGCAGAUCAACGCAGAUAUUCGUCACACGCGAGAAAGGAUUCAUCGUUAUGGCACAGAUCCAGAGCGUCGUUAGAGGAUUACAGCAAAGUGGAGUUGGGCCAUUCCCGAGACAAUAGUUUUACAGAGAAUAUCAGCCUCAAUACUAUCAAGCAUGAUAAAACACCACAUGAUGACGACAUGGUGAGAGAUUCAGUGGACAUGCUUGUAGACCAUAGCUAUGAAGAAUCCAACAGUAGCAGCAACUCCACCAAGUUUAAUAGCAGCAGACGUGCGCAGGACACACUCGACUCGAUUAGCAGCAUACGAUUGGGAUUAAACAAAAAAAAGGGACAGGAUGAUAGAAAAGGAUUGAUCAAAAAUACAAAUGGCUGGGAUAAUGACCAAGACCAUUUAAUCUAG